AACUCAAAUUAAUAGUACUUUAACCUAUUACACUAUAAUCUGCAGUCCCUUUUGGCUAAUUUAGCUCUGUUUCACAAAUCUUUAUAUGUUUUUUUUUUUAUUCCUAGUAUGAGUUUCAAGCUUUUCGAUUUUUCACGUAUACCAUAAUUGUUGUUGCAUUGUAGUACGCAAAUGGAGCAGUCCCAAACGCAGUCGACGCCUUCCAAAUCUUUACGCAAGCGCAGUACUAAACAGACGCAGCAGCAGUCCGCAAAUGUGCAUAAAGCAGCUUGGGACUCCGACACAGUGCGGAUUUUUUUGGAACUUGUUAUCAAAGAGUUGGACGUCGGUUUCAAGGGGAGCUUCCAUACAAUGACAAUGCAUGGCUAUAGAGCUGUAAGCAAGGGCUUUGUGGACCGUACAAAUAAGCUGCAUGACGUCAAGCAACUGCAGAACAAGUACGCGUCGCUGAAAAAGGAUUGGCAGUCGUGGUCAAAACUGAUGGACAGCAGGCAUGGGCCAACCGGCAUCAGUUACAAUGAAUCCACGGGUUUGAUACAAGCAUCUGACGACUGGUGGGCGCAUUACGAAAAGGUUGACAAGAAUGCGAUCAAGUUCAAAACAAAACCGUUGGAGCACAUGGACCUCAUGCGAAGGGUGUACGAAGGCGCUACGGCAACCGGAAAAUAUGCAUGGACACCAGGUGCAGCGUUCGAACCUGUGGCAACCGAUGACGGUACUUCGGCAGCGCUUGAAGAAGACUGCGAGGACAGCAGCGGGUUACCCCCUUUCCAGCCUUCCGCGCAGCAUGAACACACUGUGCACGACACUGUUGCGCAAGAGGAUGCCACGCCGGCAACUGUGCAUGCUGCGUCAUCGGGAAUUAACGCUGACGACACACCAACAAGUGGCAGGAGCAAACGCAAGUCACCAGGCCCAACACACCCACAGCGGAAAAAAGGGCAGAGUGAGGGAGCUUCUCUGUUGGCGAGUAGUAUGGAAAACCUUGCAUCCUCCGUGAAAUUACAACAACGACAAAUCCGCGUCUCACAUGAGUACGCAGAUUCGGCACAGUCCCUCAUUCAGAAGUGUAUCAGAAGGUUGUAUUCGCUGGAAGGGCUCGAUCCGCAAGACCCGCUAGUUCCUUUUGCUCAAUCGGUACUUGACAACCCGGCAAAUCAAGCCUUAAUGAUGGAGAUUCCUACAGACGCGGCUGUCAUUGCUUGGUUGCGAACGAAGAAGUCCCGUGAGCAAUGCAUCGGUGGCCCAUCAGCAGCAAAUUCCGGAAUGGGUGGUGGCUGGUUAUGAGACAGUCCAGCAAAUAAGUUGUCUCUUUGUUAAUGUUUAUGUGUGGCUUCUUUAUCCUUCCUUCCCUCCCAAAAAAUAUUGCAUUGUUUGUGGAAUUUUUAGGACAUUAUCAGUUGAUAUAAUAUUUGUGUGAUGAUGUUGAUGUUAUACUAUGUGCUUGUUGCUGCCUUUUAAAUUUCGUGCAUUUUUUAGUAAGCAACUGUCCAAUGAAGCAACAGUCCAAUU